UGAAUAUUCACCAGCUUUUCACAUUCCCCUUUCAAUAUAUAAGCUCCUCAAUCCCGCCCUUAAAAUCGACAUCCAACUUCAAAAUGUCCUACUCACCACCUAGCUCUGCGAAGCCCUUCACCCUUUCCAUCCCCGACCAAGAACUCUCCGAAUGGCGCCAACUCCUCCAUCUCAGCAAACUUGGUCCUAAAACAUUUGAAAACCUCCAGUCCGAACGCUAUUUCGGCGUAACCUACAAAUGGCUUUCCGAAGCUAAAGACCACUGGCUUAAGAAGUACGACUGGCGCGUCCAAGAGAAGCACAUCAACUCGUUCCCUAACUACAUGAUGAUGAUAGAGGAAAUUGAUGUGCAUUUCGUCGGGCUGUUUUCCGAGAAAAAGGACGCCAUUCCAAUCAUCUUCAUGCACAGUUGGCCUGGGUCCUUCAUCGAGUUCCUUCCCAUGUGUCAAUUAGUGAAGGAUAAGUACUCGCCAAGGGACCAACCAUACCACAUCAUCGUACCGUCUUUACCUGGCUACACGCUAAGCUCAGGAGGUCCUCAGGAUAAGGAUUGGUCGAUGCAUGACAGCGCACGCAUUAUGAACCAGCUCAUGAUCAACCUCGGUUUCAGCAAGUAUAUUGCUCAAGGAGGAGACGUAGGCAGCUUUGUUGCGAGGAUAAUGGCCACUUCAUAUGAACAAUGCGUUGGAGUGCAUUUGAACAUGCUUCCCGUCCUCGACCUACCAGACCCCUCCACCCUCGCCGGCACUGAGAAAUCCACUCUCGAACGCGUCCUCGAAUGGCGCCAAACAAACACCGCCUACGCCCUAGAACAGGGCACGCGACCCAGCACCAUCGGCCAUGUAGUCUCUUCAAAUCCCCUGGCGCUUCUUGCCUGGAUCGGGGAGAAACUUCUGGAGUGGACUGACGAAACACCCGCCAUGGAUAUCAUCCUCACAAAUAUCUCCCUCUACUGGUUUACCCAAAGCUUCCCUCGCUGCAUCUACCUCCACCGCACUAUCUUCAAUGGUCCCCCGCCCCCCUGGCCCCCUAUCAGCAAGCCUACCGGCUUCUCUUUCUUCCGCUACGAGCUCUUCCCACCUAUCGAGAGCCUAAUAAAGAAAGAUUGUAACCUAGUCUUCUCUAAGGAGCACACCAGCGGUGGGCAUUUCGGGGCGCUGGAGAAGCCGGUAGAGAUGCUGGAGGAUGUAGAAGAGUUUGUGAAAAUGGUGUGGAAGAUGUGAGAGAUAUCCUUCAGUGAAUAGGGGGACGCGAGAAGGAGAGAGGGAGAUGUAGAUGCAGGAGUGGAGAUUAUUGAAGGAACUAUGCUGAGGGUGGCUGGGACAGAACUUCGGCGAGACUUUAAGUGGAUGAUGUGGCUUCGAUGGAUCUCGCAGAGUUCCAACAAUACAUGUGCACUUGAGAUGGAUUCCUACUUAGUCAUAUCGUGCUUCAAAUCCCACAGAAGAAU